UGCAGAAGGUUGUUCUAUUAAUUAAUUCUGAACUACAUAAUUGACGAGAUUUCUUGCUGCUUAAAUAUUGAGGAAAAUGUCGGCAUUUGAACUGAAAAACUUGAAUGAAUGCUUGGAAAAGCAUCUACCUGCUGAUGAACUUAAAGAGGUCAAGCGAAUUCUGUACGGUGUGGAAGAAGAUCAAUCACUGGAGCUGCCGGCCAGUGCAACAGAUAUCGCUCAGGAGAAUGAAUUUGAAAUCAAAGGCUAUCGCUUCACGGCUCGGGAAGAGCAGACUCGCAAGCGGCGGAUAGUUAGAGUUGGUGCCAUCCAGAACUCAAUCGUACUCCCGACUACAAAUCCCAUUGAAAAGCAAAGGGAAGCCAUUUGGAACAAGGUUAAGGCCAUGAUCAAGGCUGCCGCUGAAGCUGGAUGCAACAUUAUUUGCACACAAGAAGCGUGGACCAUGCCAUUUGCCUUCUGCACGCGAGAGAAGUUCCCCUGGUGCGAGUUCGCCGAGGAAGCCGAGAACGGUCCUACCACCAAGAUGCUAGCUGAGCUGGCCAAGGCCUACAACAUGGUUAUUAUUCACUCGAUCCUGGAGCGCGACAUUGAGCACGGCGAGACCAUUUGGAACACGGCUGUGGUCAUCUCGAACACUGGUCGUUACUUGGGCAAGCAUCGCAAGAACCACAUUCCCCGGGUGGGAGACUUCAAUGAAUCUACGUACUACAUGGAGGGCAACACCGGACAUCCGGUCUUUGAGACGGAAUUCGGCAAGCUGGCCAUAAACAUCUGCUAUGGUCGCCAUCAUCCUCAGAACUGGAUGAUGUUCGGUCUUAAUGGAGCGGAGAUUGUCUUCAAUCCCUCAGCUACGAUCGGCCGUCUAUCGGAGCCCCUGUGGAGCAUUGAAGCUAGGAAUGCUGCCAUCGCCAAUAGCUACUUUACAGUCCCAAUAAACCGCGUUGGAACGGAGCAGUUCCCCAACGAGUACACAUCUGGGGAUGGUAACAAGGCCCACAAAGAGUUUGGACCGUUCUAUGGAUCUUCUUACGUCGCUGCUCCAGAUGGUUCGAGAACCCCGAGCUUGUCCCGGGACAAGGAUGGCCUCUUGGUUGUUGAGCUCGAUCUGAACUUGUGCCGCCAAGUAAAGGACUUCUGGGGUUUCCGGAUGACCCAAAGGAUUCCUCUUUAUGCUGAGUCUUUCAAGAAAGCUUCGGAGCAGGACUUCAAGCCGCAGAUCAUCAAGGAGACAUAAUCAGGAAAGGACUAAAGAAUUUUGUUGAAAAAAUUGCAUUUAAACUUGAACUAUUAAUAAAGAUAAGAUCUUUGUUGA